GGGGGAGCAACAGACUAUGAAAAACAACAACAAUCACUACAGCAGGGCCAGGGAAAAGAGAUGGCUCCGUGAAGCACCACACGUCUGGCCCUCGUCACAGACAUAAUCCCAGCCCAACUGCUGCUAUUUCUAUUGGAGCUUUAUAUGUCGAUGGUGCCGAGCCCAUGAACUUGGCCAGUCAAAGCGGGGAUGCUGGCGGUAGCCAGCUCCUCUUCGCCAACUUUAACCAGGACAACACGUCCUUAGCUGUUGGCACCAAAUCAGGAUACAAGUUUUUCUCCCUGUCCUCUGUGGACAAAUUGGAGCAGAUAUAUGAAUGUACAGACACGGAGGAUGUGUGUAUUGUGGAGCGUCUGUUCUCCAGCAGCCUGGUGGCCAUCGUCAGCCUAAAGGCCCCCAGGAAGCUCAAAGUCUGUCACUUCAAGAAGGGAACUGAGAUCUGCAACUACUCCUAUUCCAACACCAUACUGGCUGUCAAACUCAACAGACAGAGGCUGAUAGUUUGUCUGGAGGAGUCACUGUACAUUCACAACAUCCGAGACAUGAAAGUGCUGCACACUAUCAGAGAGACUCCACCCAACCCUUCAGGAUUGUGUGCCCUUUCCAUCAGCAAUGAUAACUGUUACCUGGCGUACCCAGGCAGUGCUACGAUAGGAGAAGUUCAGGUGUUUGACACAGUCAACCUGCGAGCGGCUAAUAUGAUUCCAGCCCAUGACAGCCCAUUAGCGGCUCUGGCUUUCGAUGCCAGUGGAACAAAACUGGCCACAGCCUCAGAGAAGGGCACAGUCAUUCGUGUCUUCUCAAUCCCAGAGGGACAGAAGCUCUUUGAGUUUCGGCGAGGAGUCAAGAGGUGUGUGAGCAUUUGUUCAUUGGCGUUCAGUAUGGAAGGCCUGUACCUGUCAGCGUCCAGCAAUACAGAGACGGUCCACAUCUUCAAACUAGAAACGCAGAAGGAGAAGUAUGUGCCUGCAGAGGAGCCAACAACAUGGGGAGGGUAUCUGGGCAAGGUCCUGAUGGCAUCCACCACCUACCUGCCUUCCCAGGUCACAGAGAUGUUCACCCAGGGGCGAGCCUUCGCCACCGUACGUCUGCCCUUCUGCGGACACAAGAACAUCUGCGCUUUAGCUGUGAUUCAGAAGAUUCCCAGGUUGUUGGUUGCUGCAGCUGAUGGUUACCUGUAUCUGUACAACCUGGAUCCACAAGAGGGAGGGGAGUGCACACUUAUGAAGCAGCACAGGUUAGAUGGCAGUGCCGAACCAGCUAAUGAGAUCCUUGAGCAGGGGUCACAUGACCGCCCACUUGUGGCUCAAACCUACAGUGCUGCUGUCACUAAAGGUUACUGCGAAGACCAGGGCGCCGUGGGAGGGGCGAGCCUAGAAGAUGACCUCAAUGACUUGCGCUUAGAGGAAGAGAAUGAGCAACCGCCACUCAUCCUUGAAACUGACUGACUUUACGCACGGCUGUACCCACGAAUCAGAGGGCUCCUCUGGUGCUGCUAUGUACAUGUGACACAAGGGGGGCGGGAGCAGGAUCAAAGACGGGGGGGGGGGGUUUAAACGCUAAAAGCGUUCAAGAGCCUGUCUGUCAGUCUAUCUGUGCAUUUGUCUGUUCACAUCCAUGUCUGUCUUUUUAUUUUUUUCCUCCUUCCCUUCUCUGCGUCCUUUUCCCUCAGUUUUGCCUGUGCAGGCCAAACUGAAGCUUUGCAUGAUCACGUGCCAACCGCUAAAAACAUGCUCUGAUGUGAAAACAAGUAUAUGUGCGUGUGCGUAUUGGACAUUUGAUUUAAAAAAAAAAAAAUGUAGCUGUGUCUCCAAUUAGGACACGCACGCAAGCACUGUGUAAAAUGAAAGCGAUCGUGUAAGUGCCUCUCUGCCCCAGUGACAUGGUUUCUUCUGUCUGAGAGGUAGAUCUCUUUGCAUUGGCUUAAUAAAAUCUAUUUUCAGUUGUUGGAUCUUAA